AAAAAACAGCAAGGCAAUAUUUGGCUACACUUUUGUCCUUUUAAAAAUUUUGGGAAGCCGGUUGGGUACCCAUAGAAUCCAGGUAAAUUUAAAAUAGGACUUAACAAACUCACUGGCAGUGCGAUUGUCGUUGGUGGGAUUCUCGUUCUUUGUCGAGUAUCUGAAAAGGUUUUAUGGACCGUCCUCCUCAUGAUUAUGCUGCUGCAUCUGCAAUGGGGGCAUAUGCUCAACAGCAAAGACCAGUUGGCAAUAUGCAACAGCAGCAACAAUUUGGAUAUCUUCCACAUCAACAGUUACCUCCAUCAGUGAUCCCUCCUCCCUUCCUUCCCCCUCAUCCUUCUGUCCAACAGUUCCCAUACCUUCCUCACAUGCAACAGCAGCAACAACUCCAUCCCCAUCCUCAUCUUCUUCAUCUUCCACAGCAACAGCAGCAACCACCUGCUUCAUUCCCGUCCCAUUUACCCCCUCAUUUGGUUCCUUCACCUUUCCAUAGCCCAUAUGAUUCUCCCCAGCCCCCAGCUCCUCCCCCAUCUGAUCCUGAUCUUCAAAAGCGUAUAGACAAACUUGUUGAGUAUACUACUAAGAAUGGCCCAGAGUUUGAAGCCAUGAUCCGUGAAAAGCAGCAAGAUAAUCCUGCAUACAGUUUCCUCUUUGGUGGUGAAGGCCAUGGUUAUUAUCGUUACAAACUUUGGUUAUCUAGUCAUACCCCAGGUGGCCCCUUUAAUCAUCCAUUCCCACCCACUUCAAUGCCGACAAUGCAUCCUCCGCCAAACCCUUUGAUGAAUCCACCUCUUACUACUCCUCCUAUGAAUUCUGGGGGACAUUCAGCUUCAAUGAUGGGUGCUCCUCAGAUGCACCAACCUCCUUUUCCACCAUUUUAUGAGCAGCAGCACCAUCAGCAUCCUAAGCCUUUUGUGGGUCAUGGUCGACCAGAUUAUGAUCCUCCCUUUAAGGGUUUUUCUGGUCCACUUCCUUCUGAUGUUGCUAUGGAGCUUAACAAUGUACUUAACAAUCUAAAUGGUACAAAAGAGUCAAUUAAAAGUGCCAAGACUUGGUUCAUGCAGAGGUCCCCAUUUGCACCAGCUCUGGCUGCAGCACUCAGAGACAGGAUAUACUCUGUUGAUGAUUCUGAGAGGCAGCUUCAUAUAAUAUACCUUGCCAAUGACAUUCUUUUUGACAGUUUGCAACGGAGGACCAGCCUGCAUGAACUUGAUAACGAAGCCCUUGCUUUUAGACCUGUCCUGGGUUCCAUGCUUGCGAGGGUUUACCACAACCCUCAGAAUAAGGAGGAAAAUCAGUCACGCUUACAGAAAAUCUUACAGUUCUGGGCUUCCAAGGAAGUUUUUGAUCAAGAUGUUAUUUAUGCCCUUGAGGGUGAGAUGAUAGGUGGACAAUUGGUUAAUUCUUUUUCAGGUCCUGCUAAAGAAAUGUCUGCAGCUUCAGGGGAUCCACAAACAACAAACCAUAUUGCUCCAGAAUGGCAGCCUGAUAGCAGAAAUGCUGUUCCGAAUGUACUAGUCCAUGAUCAUCCUGAUAAACAAGCACCCCCUUUGGUGCCAGCACCAAUACCAAACCAGCAAUUUCUUCCAACUCCUGUUCCAACUGGUGCUUUUCCAGGGUCCAUGUCCUUAAAUUCUUCCGUUCAACCAGCAAACCAAUCAGCUGCUGGCACAGGUGAAAAGUUGCCUCCUUAUCCUUUGUUUCCACCAGGUCUUAUCCCAGGUAUGGUCAGAAAGAUGCAGAUAGGUAGUGGCGUGCCCUACUCUCCCAUGAGUCCACUGGACAUCCCUACAGUUAUACCUCCAUCCAAUAUAUCACCAUCUGAAGUUUUAGAAAGAGUUUCGAAGUUCUUUAAAGAGAUUGGAGAGGUUAACCCUUCUGAGGGACCCCUGAAAUCUGAUUCAGGAGAUGAAGACUAUGAGUAUGAAAGAGAGCCUCCUGUUCGCAAGGGAGGGGCUUGCAUCCCUCCGCCACCAAAUCUGCAGGUAGACCCAGAAACAGGAACUUAUGCUGAUGGAAGUGUAGAGCGGAAGCCUGGAUCGAGUAGCUCAGGUAGAUUAGGUCUUGGGGCAACUGCUAACCCAAAUGAGGCAAGUCAGUAUGAUGACGUUUACACUUCUUAUAGGAAACAGAGAAGUACCACCUACCAUUCUUCCAUGAGUGCAAGAGCUGCUACCAGGUGAAAACCCUACCAUUGUACUACCUAUUGUCAUCGUUUUUCGGAAAUAUUGAAGUUCUGAGUAUGCUUUUUUCUUACAUUUAAAUUCUUUUUCAGUUAUCGGCCCUUUUUUUCCUCUUUUCGUUGGUCCUAGAAUUCAAUUAUGUUUUUGUGAACGCUAUUUAGGAGUGUAUCAACUUUGAUAAAUGAAUUAGUUGCUAAUUUGAUUUAGGAAAACGUCAUUGAAUUCUUUUUUUUUUUUUUGCACAAAGAGGCAAAUUACUGUAGCAGAUCGAUAACUGAUCGGCAGUUUUGAUCAUUACAAUUUCUAAAUCUUUCCUGAUAAAUUUCCCCUUCAAAAGAAUUGCACAAUGCUUACUAAAAAUAUACAAAGACUAAUUUAGUAAGAUAUCUAUCCUUUUCCCGCUUAUUUUAGGUAAUCCCCAUCUCAUACGGGCAGAAGAUCUAGAUUUUGGGUAUAAUUGCCAUCUCUGCAACAUUAAAUUCAUUCAUCAACACCAAAUAACCUAAUGCAUACCAACAUACAAGUUUGCACUACAUGACGCACAAGGUACGAAUUCCACAAUGACAUUUGCCACUUCUCUCAAUAUUGUCAACUCGCAACUACC